CCCUGAGCGCCGCCCCGCCCCAGCUUGCUGGGGUGUUGGCUCCGGCUCAGCUCGUCUCUCUCUGCACGCGACCCGGCUCCGGCGCUGGCUCGGGCUCCCCGGGAUGACCGCGAGCCCAGAGAGCCUCUUCUCGUCUGGGAGCGACCUGGACUCCAGCCAGUUACAGAUGGAACCCGAUGAGGUGGACACUCUGAAGGAGGGAGAGGACCCAGCUGACCGAAUGCACCCCUUUCUGGCCAUCUAUGACCUUCAACCUCUGAAAAUGCACCCUGUGGUGUUUGCCCCUGGGGUUCCUGUCACAGCCCAGGUGGUGGGCACUGAAAGAUACACCAGUGGAUCCAAGGUGGGAACCUGCACUCUGUAUUCUGUCCGCUUGACUCAUGGUGACUUUACCUGGACAACCAAGAAGAAGUUCCGUCAUUUCCAGGAGCUGCAUCGGGACCUCCUGAGACACAAAGUCUUAAUGAGUCUACUCCCUCUGGCUCGCUUUGCUGUUCCCUAUCCUCCAGCCCGAGAGGCAGCCGACAGAGAGAUGCCCUCUCUACCCCGAACAGGUCCAGAGGGCUCCACCAGACAUGCGUCCAGCAAACAGAAAUACCUGGAGAAUUACCUCAACCGCCUCCUGACCAUGUCUUUCUACCGCAACUACCACGCCAUGACAGAGUUUCUAGAAGUCAGUCAGCUGUCCUUUAUCCCAGACCUAGGAUCCAAAGGACUGGAAGGGGUAAUCCGGAAGCGUUCAGGUGGCCACCGUCGCGUGCCUGGCCUUACCUGCUGCGGCCGAGACCAAGUUUGCUAUCGCUGGUCCAAGAGGUGGUUAGUGGUGAAGGACUCCUUCCUGCUGUACAUGUGCCUCGAGACUGGCGCCAUUUCAUUUGUUCAGCUCUUUGACCCUGGCUUCGAGGUGCAGGUGGGGAAACGGAGCACAGAGGCACGGUAUGGGGUCCGAAUUGACACCUCCCACAGAUCCCUGAUUCUCAAGUGCAGCAGCUACCGGCAGGCACGGUGGUGGGGCCAGGAAAUCAGUGAACUGGCCCAGGGCCCGGGCAGAGACUUCCUGCAGCUGCACCGGCAUGAGAGCUACGCUCCGCCCCGGCCUGGUACUUUGGCCCGAUGGUUUGUGAAUGGGGCAGGUUACUUUGCUGCUGUGGCAGAUGCCAUCCUGCAAGCUCAAGAGGAGAUUUUCAUCACAGACUGGUGGUUGAGUCCUGAGAUUUACCUGAAGCGUCCGGCACAUUCAGAUGAGUGGAGACUGGACAUUAUCCUCAAGAAGAAGGCGGAGGAGGGUGUCCGUGUGUCUGUACUGCUGUUUAAGGAAGUGGAGUUGGCCUUGGGCAUCAACAGUGGCUAUAGCAAGAGGGCUCUGAUGCUGCUGCACCCCAACAUAAAGGUGAUGCGCCAUCCAGACCAGGUGACAUUGUGGGCCCAUCAUGAGAAGCUCCUGGUGGUGGACCAAGUAGUGGCCUUCUUGGGGGGGUUGGACCUCGCCUAUGGCCGCUGGGAUGACCUGCACUACAGACUGACUGACCUUGGGGACUCCUCUGAAUCAGCUGCCCCACAGCCUCCCACCCCGUGCUCAGACUCUCCAGCCACCCCAGACUUGCCUCACAACCAACUCUUCUGGCUGGGCAAAGACUACAGCAAUCUUAUCACUAAGGACUGGGUGCAGCUGGACCGGCCUUUUGAGGAUUUCAUUGACAGGGAGACCACACCUCGGAUGCCAUGGCGGGAUGUGGGGGUGGUUGUCCACGGCCCACCUGCCCGGGACCUGGCUCGGCACUUCAUCCAGCGCUGGAACCUCACCAAGACUAUCAAGGCCAAGUACAAGACACCCAUGUACCCUUACCUGCUGCCCAAGUCCACCAGCACCUCAAACAGGCUCCCCUUCACACUCCCAGGGGGGCAGUGUGCCACCGUGCAGGUCUUGCGGUCAGUGGACCGCUGGUCAGCGGGGACUUCGGAGAAUUCCAUCCUCAAUGCCUACCUGCACACCAUCAAGGAGAGCCAGCACUUUCUCUACAUUGAGAAUCAGUUCUUCAUUAGCUGCUCAGAUGGACGGACGGUUCUGAACAAGGUGGGCGAUGAGAUUGUGGACAGAAUCCUGAAGGCCCACAAGCAAGAUCAGUGCUUCCGAGUCUAUGUGCUUCUGCCCCUGCUCCCUGGUUUUGAGGGUGACAUCUCCACAGGUGGUGGUAACUCCAUCCAGGCCAUUCUGCACUUCACUUACAGGACCCUGUGUCGCGGGGAAUAUUCAAUCCUACAUCGCCUCAAAGCAGCCAUGGGGACCGCGUGGCGGGACUAUAUAUCCAUCUGUGGACUCCGCACCCAUGGAGAGCUGGGCGGGCACCCAGUCUCAGAGCUUAUCUAUAUCCACAGCAAGAUGCUCAUUGCAGAUGACCGGAUAGUCAUCAUUGGCUCUGCGAACAUCAAUGACCGGAGCCUGCUGGGGAGGCGGGACAGUGAGCUGGCUGUGCUCAUUGAGGACACGGAGAUGGAACCAUCCCUCAUGGAUGGUGUAGAAUAUCAGGCGGGCAGGUUUGCCUUGAGUUUGCGGAAGCACUGCUUCAGCGUGGUUCUUGGGGCUGAUUCCCGGCCAGACCUGGAUCUCCGAGACCCUGUCUGUGAUGACUUCUUCCAGUUGUGGCAAGACACAGCUGAGAGCAACGCCAACAUCUAUGAGCAGAUCUUCCGCUGCUUGCCGUCCAACGCCACACGUUCCCUGAGGGCACUCCGGGAGUAUGUGGCAGUGGAGCCCCUAGCCAUGGUCAGCCCUCCCUUGGCCCGGUCUGAGCUCACCCAGGUCCAGGGCCACCUGGUCCACUUCCCCCUCAAGUUCCUGGAGGAUGAGUCCUUGCUGCCCCCUCUGAGUAGCAAAGAGGGCGUGAUGCCCCUAGAAGUGUGGACAUAGCUGUGGCUCCAGCCAGAACACGUCACCAGCCGCUGGGCUCCACUGAGUCUGGCCCCCUGAUCCUGAGGACUGAGGGCAGUGCCCUGUGCCUUUGAGACCUGGGGGAGGCAGCAUCUCUGAAGGGGACAAGAGAAGUCACAGAGGACCCUUUCCUGAGAAGCAGCCAAAAAGGACACUACCGGCCCUGGACUGGGGAGGCAGGAGGAGGUCCCAGAGACGUUCAUCCUCCCUGCUGCCCAGUUCAAACCACUGCUACAGAGGAGAAGCAAAGCUUCUGCCAGGACACCUGGAGCAAGCCUUCCCAUCUCUCCUCUCCUCCUCCUGCCCCAGGGCCUCUCCCAGCCCACUGCUGCCAAGGUGGAGGGAAGGAUGAAGCCAGCCCUGGCUUCAGCCCCCACAGUGGGGAAGGGUGGGGGGUGCACACUAACUCCCCUCCCCCCAGCCUGCUGACAGACACUAACUUUGUAUCAGUUCAAUAAGCAUUUCAUAAAUAAAAGCAUAGA